CCCCGCGCGGAGCAGAUGGACAGAAGGAUAAGAAAGGACCCACCGCCCGCGGCCGGGUCCCGCGGUUCCGUCCCAGCGGCAGCAGCCUGGCUGCGAAAACCCGCUCUGCUCUCCCAGCUAGCCAGCAGAGGGAAUCGGAACUUUGCUUGCAGCAGCAGGGGCUGAAGCAGCCCUUUUUUUUUUCCUUCUUGGAGGAAAUACUGCAGCCUUCUGGACUGCGUACGCCGCUCCCUGGAGAGGCUCCCUCGGUUCCACCCACCGGCUGGAAGGAGGGGAAGUGAAUGAAAGGACAGGACGAGCCCCGAUCACCAUGUCACUCUGGGAGGGAGACAGCAGCAACUAAGCUGUGCAAGGUGAAGAAAGAGACACACAGAAGACAGGAAGCUGAUCUGCAAGGAUUCGGGAGUUAUGCUGAAAGGACUUUGAUUUUUUUUUUUUUUCUUUCCCCUUUACAAACGCUGGCAAUUGACAUCACUACAGACAGCCUGGUACAGAACAAACUGCCUCAUCCCGAGUGGACCCCGGCGGCUGGGAGAAGGCAGACGAGACCUGGGGAAGCUGUGUGUGCGCUUUUAUUUUUCCUACCGAUCCCCGUCUCCUAGUUUUUGUUGGUGGUUUUUUGGUUUUGUUUUGUUUUGUUUUUGUUUUUUGGCGUGUUUCUUUUUUAUAUUCUUGCUGGGUUGGAACUAGCGAGUGGUGGAAGGCGAGGAAUCUCGGAAGCCUCAUCAGUCAUCGGGACUGUCAGGAAUAGUGGUUUAAGAGGAAGCUCGGCCUGGGGCACUAUACCCUGUCAUCCAGUUCCCUGCCUCGGAGAUAAAGAUUCCAGCUACAUGGGCAAACGCCUGGAUCAGCCACAAAUGUACCCCCAGUACACUUACUACUAUCCUCAUUAUCUCCAAACCAAGCAGUCCUAUGCACCAGCUCCCCACCCCAUGGCUCCUCCCAGCCCCAGCACAAACAGCAGCAGCAACAACAGCAGCAACAACAGCAGCGGGGAACAGUUGAGUAAAACCAACCUGUACAUUCGAGGCCUCCCACCAGGCACCACUGACCAGGACCUAAUCAAGCUGUGCCAACCGUAUGGAAAAAUUGUAUCUACAAAGGCAAUUCUUGACAAAAACACAAAUCAGUGCAAAGGUUACGGUUUUGUGGAUUUUGACAGUCCCGCAGCUGCACAGAAAGCGGUAGCAUCUCUCAAGGCAAAUGGCGUGCAGGCGCAGAUGGCCAAGCAACAAGAGCAAGACCCAACAAAUCUAUACAUCUCAAAUCUUCCCAUCUCUAUGGAUGAGCAGGAACUUGAGAAUAUGCUGAAACCCUUUGGACAUGUCAUUUCCACAAGAAUACUAAGAGAUGCUAACGGCGUCAGCAGAGGCGUUGGCUUUGCCAGAAUGGAGUCUACUGAGAAAUGUGAAGUGGUAAUUCAACAUUUUAAUGGAAAAUAUCUGAAAACACCACCUGGCAUCCCAGCCCCUAGUGAGCCUUUACUGUGCAAAUUCGCUGAUGGAGGACAGAAGAAGAGGCAGAACCAAAGCAAAUACACCCAGAACGGAAGGCCUUGGCCCCGGGAAGGAGAGGCUGGCAUGGCUCUGACCUAUGACCCCACAGCUGCCAUACAAAAUGGAUUUUAUUCCUCACCGUACAGUAUUGCAACCAACCGCAUGAUUCCACAGACAUCUAUCACGCCAUUCAUUGCUGCCUCCCCUGUCUCCACAUACCAGGUCCAGAGUACUUCAUGGAUGCCUCAUCCGCCAUACGUUAUGCAACCAACAGGUGCUGUGAUCACGCCGACAAUGGACCAUCCGAUGUCAAUGCAGCCAGCAAACAUGAUGGGCCCCCUGACACAACAGAUGAACCAUCUUUCGUUGGGCACAACAGGAACGAUUCAGUCCCAAGACAGGAUUAUGAUACUCCACCAGCUGUUGUGUCAGUAUAUGACUGCUGCCGCUCCUAUGCAAGGGACCUACAUUCCCCAGUACACGCCUGUGCCUCCGACAGCUGUUUCUAUUGAAGGUGUUGUUGCUGAUACCUCUCCCCAGACAGUGGCACCUUCAUCCCAGGACACCAGUGGUCAGCAGCAACAGAUAGCAGUGGACACAUCCAAUGAACAUGCAUCUGCAUAUUCUUACCAACAGUCUAAACCAUAAACAAGACUGAAGAAUGUCCGUCCGAAACUUUGCCUUGAAUGAAGAGACUUCAUUGAACAAGAAGUUGGCUUCCAGUUUGCACAGGCGUCAAUGGAAUGCUUUUUUUUUUUUUUAAUUUUGUACUUUACCCAACGAAAACAAAGCGUUUUGUGUGCUGUGCAAAUGGGUCCUUCAUGUGGUCUGACAGUUUAUUUUUUGCCAUCAUUUUUUAAAUUAAAGUAAAAAAAUAAAAUCCCAGAAGAGGAAAAACAAAAACGAAACAUGGAAGGUUGACAUUUUAUCUGGAAGAACAUUUGAAGUCAGAAUUGACCUGAAGGUGUAGAUAGAUUUUUUUUUUUUUUUUUAACAGAAAAUCGGAUGUCAAGAGGUGGGCAAGCAGAAAUGGAAACUAAUUGUCUUCCUCAGUAAUUAAGCUACUCUCUUUUUUUCCUUCUUGUUUAAAUGUGGGUUGUUUUUUAAUUUUUUUUCUUAGAAAUAUUUAGGUAAGGUUUAUCUUGAAUCUUAAUUGCCUUAAUUUUAAGGACGUCAAAGGCUCUCGAGGCAAGCUGUCAACGUCUUGUUAAAAAAAAUCCAGAAAGAAUUGAAAUAUUGUGCCGGCUUUAACUGGUGCAGAAGCUUAAGACUGUGAGUUUUUAGGAUGAAAAAAAAAAAACUGUACAGUUUAAAAGAAAAUGUUUUUCUUCAUUUGAAGAAAAUUUGUUGAUAAAAAGAAACCAUGGCAACUGCAAGAAUUGGAAAAAUGCUGGGACUUUUCAUGAACUUUGUCUUAAGUGUUGAACCAUUCGAGAAGGCUAAAACAUUUUAUGGUAAAGUUAUUAAGGUUGGUUUAAAAAAAACAACUGCAUUAGAAAUAAUGCGUGUUUGGGGGGCAGAAUGCAGAUUUUUUUAAUUUACAAAGCGUGAUUGCUAGCAAAAGCAUUAGUGCUUUUUAUCUGCAGUCUUUUUUAUGAGCUUUACAGAGUUUUUAGUCAGCUUUGCUUGUCACAUUGCAAAACCUAGCUUAAGAGCAUUAAAAAAAAACAAAAAACAAAAAACUUAAGUAGAUAGGAGCUUAUGGUCAAAAGUGCAAAACAAAACAAAACAAACAAAAAAAAACAAAAAACAAAAAAAGCAAUAGAUAGAGAAAUUGUUGACAAUUUCUGUAGUCUUUCCUAGUUGUGAUCAAAUUCAGCCUAUGGAUGGCCUAUUUUAUACCAAAGAUGAAGUGGUACCCUAUUGCAGUCCAGAAGAUAGAGGUUGUUUUUCUUUACUUUUCUCUUAAAAUUUUUAUUUGACCUACAUGGCCGGACCAGUUCUUACUUUGUUGUUUGUUUAAACUACCUUCCACUGGUAUUUUACAUACUGCAAAAAGAAAAAUUUUUUUUGUAUAUUUGUUGUUAGUAGAAUCUUGCACCUGCUGUGUUCAGCGGUUUCAGCAUGAAGAGUUCUGGAUACCAACUGAUAGAGCCAAAUGGCUUUCAAUUCCAUGAGCUUUUCCACUUCCUUGCUAGCUCUCUUGAGUAGUGAAACCUGUAUGGAUGGCCACCAACCAGCUAAGACACUUUUUUAACAGGUUGAAAUGUUUUUGUGAAUUUUGAAUGAAAGACACUUCCUGAACCUGGUCUGAAGGGUCACUUGUCAAAAAGAAGCUUAGUGAUAUUCUGUUAAGUGGUGAGUGGUCUCCUGAAAAGGUCUCAUUGCAUUUGUAACACUAGUCUUCCUUCUAAAUUCCAACACCUCUUGAUUUUGUCUUUUGCACCUUAGUCUUUGUCAUCAUCCACCAUGAAUAGUCACCUUGAUUCUGCAGUUGGGAAGGGAUAUCUUCUUUUUGCCUUUUUUCAUUGUAUUUUCAUAUCCUGGUGUUGUCAGAAGAAAGACAAAAUAGGCCUUUUUAUUUCAGUUUAACUCUCUGAGGCAAGUAGGACCAAUAAGAUUGAGUACUCUAUUAGUGGGAUUUAGGUAAGCUUUUAAUAUGCUAGUUGACAAUCAAGAAAUUCUAUGAUUUAUAUUAAUAAGAACCAAAACAAUUGGGUUUGAUCAAUCAUUAAAGCCAAAGGAGAUAUAUUUGCAUUGAGAAGGGUGCAAAACUUUCUCAAAAAUGGAUUAAAUUGAUGUAACAAACAUCUCUGCAUAUUUGGUUCAUGAAAUCCAUAUUCUGCCUGUACAGUUUUACCUGAAACUAAGGACAAUGAAACUUUAACUGAACCAUGCCCUAGAAUUGCUUUCUGAAUGAACCAUUAGAAUCAAAUAAGUGAAACUCUCUUCACAAACUGAGUCAUAGGAACCUGUCUUAGUCCAGAAAGAAGAGGUAAAUACGUGAAGUGCACUAUAAAAGAAAGCAAAGUAGGCUUUUAAAAACAUUGAAACAAAUUUCAAAGAUAAAUUAUAUUCCCAUUAGGUCAACAUGAGCAAUGAGUUUGACUCAUAUGAAAGUGUCAAUAUUCCACUUUUUGUGACUUACAAACAGAAAAGCCUAGUGUGGAAACAGACCUGGUUCUCUUAUUUGCAACACCAUGUAUUGAAAACUCAAAUCUAGAGAGUGACUCCCUAUCUUUGUGAUCAAAUUAGAGGCGAAAAUAUAUCCAAGAAAAUGGAACGUGCUACAGAGAAAUUCAAACUGGUCACAUCCAUCCUUAUGAUUUUCCAUGCUUUCAAAAGAAUCCUACGUUUCUACUUCCUUCUGUUCCAUCCUUCAGCCUCUCAUGUAUUUUAAGGGUGGCACUUAAGUUUUAUCUUUGAGAAGUGGGCCCCCAAGUUUCAGGGGGUAUAAACAAACAUGUAUGGGAACUGUAUUUUCUGUUUCUUUUUUCACUCUCUGAACUCUUUGUAUAAAUAAGGAUGAUCCUGGGCAUAAUUCAUUUGAAUAUGAAACCAACAUGCUUUCUUUUGUUUCUGUAAAAAAUAAUAAUAAUAAUAAUAAUGUGAUACAAAGAAAGUCUCAUUUACACAAUCAACAAUGAGGCUAAGAGGUAGCUACCAUGUGGCUGAUGAGUGUGCCUAGGUAACUUCCUGUUUCUAUUCAAAACAACUGCUUUAUUUAUACAUUCAGAAACAUUUUUUUCAACUAUGAAAUUUCAAUGAUCUCAAUUUUUUUAAGCCACUUCAGGCAAAAGGAAAUUACCUGUCAUUUUAUGUAUUCAUGUGUGUUUUGUGUUUGGAUUUUUUAUAUCAUGCCAUUCUAUAAAAUAUCUUAUUUCAAGUCAAAAAGAAAAAAAGAAGGGAAAAAUGGCACAUGUUCAAAUUUGCAUCUGUCAUCUUAACUAAUCAUUGUUUUAAGAGUCAUGUCUGGGGGGAAAAGCAUCAACAGGUAAGCAGCAUUACAUUGUAUUACAAAUAAAACAAACCAAAAUAUGUGUCCAAUAUAUGCAGACAUCAGGAAUUUUAAUUUAAUCAACAAUCGAUAUGUUGGUUAUUUUAAUCCUGUUUAGGACUGUAAUCUUUUUUGCUUUUGAAGUAUUCUGGUUCACCAGGUUUUGACGCAUUUAUUCAGAUAUUCAAUUUUCCCUCUCAACUGUAGUUGCCAAAACGUAAUCUAAACAUUAGGAAACAAACUAUAGCCAGAAUCCAAACGGGAUAAACACUAUCUCAUCCAAACUGUAGUCACAUGGUCAGUGGAGGAGUGCAGUUUUUUCUGUUUUUAUUGUUUUUAAAUAAUGAUAAGCUAUUGUCAGGGGUGGCAAAGUAUGCCUAGUGGCUGGGGGCUCCUCAUGGUCUCCUGAAAAUGUCAUGGACCCUAAGUGAACUAAAUGUGAUACUAGCAGGGGCUGGUGACUGUCCUUGAACAUUGGCAUGUCUUGAGUAUUGCAGGUGACAUAAUAUUCUAAAAAAAAAAUCCUCUAGCUGACUCCAGUUCGGUCAGGGUUAGUUUGUUUCCUUGGUAGAUUUCAAUUGUUCACGUGUUGUCUCCAUGCUUCACCUGAAUCAAUUCUUCCUGUGACCUUAACGGAUCUGCCACAUUUGACAGCAUGUAAGACUCACCUUCACCUUUCCUAAUGAAAACCACACGGUGUUAAAAGCGCUCACCUUAGAGCUGGGAGGCUGAGAGCAGGUGGCUGGAUGGGACUGGAAAUUCGCUGUACCUGCAGAAUGCACCGACCCUUUGCAAAACUGCUUUAAAACUAUUUUUAAUUCACAAAAAAAGUACUUUUCCCCCCCAAAACAAAUUUAUUUGAAUAAUCGGGAUGCCAUUAGAUACCUAUGUACCUUUUACAGUGGCCUAAAAUCUCCAUUCACGCAAAGUGAGAUUUGAUUUAAAUAGGACCUUUGCAGUCUUCACGACUGAGAAGUUUCAAUGUGCUGUCUAGACAGAUUAUAAUGUUAGUAGGAGACUAAAAAUACAUUUGACAAUUGAGCCUCAUGCUUCAUUUGAGCACACACACCAUUGCAGAUGAGCUGAUAAACAGAAAUUCUUAAGUGGGUUUCAGUGAUAAAUGUUUUCAUAUGAUAGGAAAUCAAGUGAAAGGAUAAUAUUUGUGUAUAACAACACUUGGCACGUUUGAGGAUCACUUCAAAAUAAAGUUAAAACAUGUCAUGGAGCCCUUGAUCUGUAUUAUCUUGUCCACAGUGGGGAGUAAAGGAGGAGAUUUUGUUUUCAUGUUAUUGUGGCUGGCAUGCUUCAAAAUUUGGAGCUCCCUGGGACUGACAGCCUCUCAUGCAAUCUGAGGCGCUGGUGUGAUUGAAACAGGCUCAUUGAUUCCCUGCACUGUCCCCUUCCUGUGGCAGAUGAUAAUGGGAUUUCAUUAAUGAAUCAACUCGUUUUACAAAUAACAUCCACUGUGGCAUUGGAAGGCAGCUGAGUCUAACUCAGAUGUAACACUUUUCACCAAACAUUUUAAAAUACAUCAUUAGUCUUUUCAUCCAAAUGCUUUUGGUCAAGGCUGUCCUUUGUAGAUUACGUGGCUCAGGAAAGUACAAAAGCCAAAUGUAAGAUCCCUGAGUGGCCCCCACAAUCUUUUACGACGUAGGGCAGGGAACUCCCCCCAGAUGGUUGAUACCUUUGAUCUUUGGUCUUAUACCCCAAUACAUGUGCUCCCUGUCACACACGCACGGGAUGGAUGCCUUCUCAAUAUUCAUUUCUUUGUAUUUCUGGGAGGGAGAAGGGUGUUUCAAGAAAGGCUUCCUUCACUCAGGAAGCGUUAAAGCUGAAGCAGAGGUGAGAUCAGGCUUGGAGUCUGCACAGGAACCACUAGGCCACCAAGUCACGCUUUCCUUCCAUCUUACACCGGUUGGUAACCGCCCGUGACGGAAUCUUGCAGAAAUACAAUCACUCUCAAUUUUUGAAGGGCUAAUUAUCUACUUUGUGCAUUUCCUCUGUCUUUUCUUUUCGACUCUUAAAACUUGGGGCUCUAUUUCCUUUUAUUAACAUGUCACCCUGAGGGUGGAAAAAGAAACAAUGGGAAAUAAAAUUCAAAUCAGUCUAUUUUGCUUUUUGUUAAGUAUUGGUUUAUUGAAGGAGUUUGAAAUCAUUUGUAAAAAUUAAUGUCAGAGCAUUAUAUACUGUUGAUUUUUUAUUACCCAUGAUGUUCCCAUCCCAUCCACCACAAAUAACUGAGAGUUGGCUGUAUUCUUGCAGAGUAUAAAGAAAAAAAACUGUAGCUAAUAAUUUGGCUUCCCCCGCAAAAAAAGCUGUUUUGGUUUCGUUAACUUUUGAAAUUUGAACCAGUAGAAAAGGUCAACUCAGAAUUCAGUUAUGAGAAUAUAAUAGCAGCUCUUGGUUAAAGACACACUCUUGUCCCUAUCUUAAGUCUUUCACCAAAAAAAAAAUCCACACAAUUCAUUGUUUUGUUUUGUUUUUGUUUGUUUUUUUACUUUUCAUUACUGUAUUAAGGCUGAACGACCUUGACAAUCCAGCGGAUUUAUUUAAAUAAUCAUUUCAAAUUUAAAUAGUGUCCAAAGUGUAACUUUAGUGUUACACUUUGUAUUUUAAACCCUCUGGUCUUAGAUUAUUAAGAAAGAUGCUCUGUCCGCCUCCCUAAAUAUGUUAUUUCCUCAUAUAUAAAAAAGGAGUCAUUCCACACUUUUCAGGAACUGUAAGUACAAUUUCAAAGAGACACUUGAAAAAGUUUUUUCCAUUCUGGAAAUCAGUGCUUUCAUUUCUUUAAAAAGAAGAACUAAUUGGAAGAUUAAUUUUAAAAAUAUAUGGGUAAAAGUGUUCUUGCUAUGAAAUAUUCAGUACACAAUUUCUUAAAAAAAUUGGGACACAGCUUCUUUUAAACCCCUGGUUUCAGGCCAUAUUUGACUUCAUGGAACUUCUGGAGCAUCUAAUUUUGAACUUAAUUUAAGAGCAUUUUGUACUGCUGUUCUGACUGUCAUGGAAAGUUCUGUAAUUCUAUGGUGUUUCUGGUUUUAUUUUUAAUAUUUUCAUCUGUACCACAGUCAAACUAGCUACCAUUUCCCCCAUUCCUUGGGCUUUCUGUAGAUCAGUGGAUGUUAGGUUUAAACUUCUGUUUUCUUUGAUGAAGCUUUCAAUAAAAAAUGAAAAUAAAAUCAA